CACACACGGCGCAUGCUCAUUUGUCCAUGACUCCUGGCUUACUAGUGAAUUUUUUUCAGCAUUAGCUAAACUUUGAAUAGCUAAAACAACAAUUUUCCUUGUGUUGCAUGAACACCUAGUCCGUGUAUGUGCAGUGCCGCAAUAUUGGGGCUUUUUAUGAAGACAAACAAACUGCGGAAACAGUGUUAGUGCGGCUUUUUGCUGGUGGGUUUGCUAGCUAGCUAAACAACAGAGAUUGGUUGUUAUCUAACUUACAUACAUUAAAGUGGACUUCUCAGUCUUUUUUGCAAAUAAUUAAACGUUUUUUAAGCUUGGAAAAAAUUGCAGUACUGUCUCAACCUCAAGGUAAGCUCUAAAUUGUGCUGGCAUGGGCAUCGCUAAAAGAGUGCUCGGCCGCUUCGGUAUUUUUUGACUCGUACAAUAAUGUGAGUUCAGUCCCGUAAAAGCAGAGAAUGGACAGAGACUUGUUGAGGCAAUGUCUGACGUAUCAUGGACAAUCCCUGUUCAAUACGCUGAAAUGUGAACAAACGGAAAAUCCAGACUUCCAAGCGGUGGUGUCUGACCUCUGCAAAGCCACGUAUGAGAGUAGGUGUGAAGAGCAGAGCAACCCACUUGUGGAGCAGUUCAUUGCCAGGAAGGCUGACAUCCUGUUCAGUCCAGUAUGGAGAACCGCUGGUCUUCGAGGAGAGGAGCACGAGGAGGAGGAGGCUGUAGAGCCCUAUGCAGUCAUGCCACCGAUGGAGGUAUUCAUGGAGGUGUCGUAUGAGGAGAGGCGAUCCAUGAUUUACCGGGAUUUGGAAAGAGGAGACAUUGUGGUGGGGAGGAUCAACAACAUUAGAGAAUACGGCUUCUUUCUCACUCUGUUUUGCACAGCAGGAGGUCUGAAAAGAGACAUUGAGGACUUAGAGUUGUCGGCUCUGUGUCAUGUCAGAGAAAUUCCCUCCACUGGCAGCCAUGAUGAUCCCCUGGCGUACUACCAGAUUGGGGACUUCAUCAGAGGUAUGCUAACAAAGGCAGCAUCAUGAAGGCAAUAACAGAUUUUGAACGAGCUCUGGAGAACUGUCCUGAUCACCGCAACGCCAAGAAGUAUCUGUGUCAGACACUAGUGGAGAGAGGAAAACAGCUUGAGGAACAGGAAAAGCUAGUAACAGCUGAGGGAUUGUACAGAAGAGCUCUAGCUUUAGAUGGCUCAAACCCUGAGGCACAGGAAGCCCUGCACAAGAUCACAGACACUAUACAGAAAUCGAUUCGCCUGCGAGAGGAAGCACUGGCUAAGGAACAGGUCAAAACUAAGAGUGGCCAGAGCAGUGCUGAAAAAUUACGUAAGAUCUUAAAAGAGGAGAAGAGGAUGAAGAAAAAACGGAAGAGAUCAUCCUCCUCCUCAUCCUCCACUUCUUCAAGGACAUCCUCCUCCUCCACAUCAUCAUCGUCCUCUCGCAGGCAGUCUAAAAAGAAGAAAAAGAAAAGGAGGAAAUCAGAGCGUGGAAGCAAGCGCCAUCGCAGGAUCUCCUCAAAGGAGAGCAGGAGAAGCAACGAGGGUAAGAAGGAUAGGAAGGAGAAAGAGGAGGAUGACGAGGUGGAGUGGUAUCCCGCACCUUCCAAUACCUCAGCUACUUUUCUCAACCAGGUGGGAGGCCUGGGGUUUGGAUUGAGGGACGAGGAGCAGGUAGAAGGGAAGGAUGCAGAUGAUAGAAAGAGUUUCAAGCUGUACUCGCUGUCAGCAGCUUCAGAAGAGGAAGAGUCUGACUCCUCACAGAGAGAAAGAAAGGGAAGGGACAGGGAGGAGAGCAGGACGAAGAAAACAAAGAGCAGCCUGAGCAGAAGCCCAGAUAGAGAGAAGAUUAGGAGCAGGAGUAGAGAAAGGAGGAAUAGAAGUAGGGAUGGUGACAGGAAGAAAGACAGAAGAAGCAGUGACUACAAAAGGAGAAGUAGUUUAGAUGAAAAUUCCAAGCGGAAAUUAUCCUGCUCGUCAGGAGAGUUGGAGUAUUCGGGUCGUAAAUCUAGUUACCGACCUGAGCAUUCUGGAAAUUCCACUUCCAAACACCCAGAGAACAGGAAUGACUCAUCAUCCAGGAACCUCUUUGAAGAGAAUAGAGGCAGGCUGGAAGUUCACGGAGCAGAUCAGGUGAAAAGAGAGAAGGAAAGUCGAAUGGAAGAAGGUACCAUUCCAGAUCAAGGACACAGUAAAAAAGGAAGUGCUGGAAAUCAAAAUGAACAGUGCAGCAUGGGGGCCAAAAAGGACCUCCCUGCAAACCUGUUGGAUAUAUUUAACCAGAUUGCUCAGUUUGAGAAGGAAAAAGGAGUGAAACCAAAAAAAUAACAAGAGGGUAUGAUAUCCAUACAGGUGUUCGGAAAAAAGGUGAAAGUAAUAUUAAUACCAUGAAACUACUCUCUGGACUGCAUCAAUACUCCUGAUCUAUGGCCAAAUCUGUUGCUGAUUGAAUGUCACCAGCUAUUUUUUUUUUUUUUAAAGUUUGUCUUUUUGCAGAAAAUGAGCCGUUUUACUUUGAAAGGUUGUUAUUCCCUAUGUCAGACUGGAGUCCUAUAAUAAUUUCCUAGUAACUGUUUGUCAAAAUGUCCUGAAAUGUUCACCUUGAUGGGUUCAAACAGGUUUAACACUUUAAAAUAAUGCUACAGUAAAUUCAUAUUUUUAAACUGGCAAACAGUACAUGUCAUAUCUAAGCAUGAAAAUAUCAGAUUCAGUCCAUAUUAUUACAUUAUCUUCAGAAGCAUCGCCUUAGAGAAUAGUGAACAUUUUGACAAGCUGUUGCAUAACUUUGCUCUGCAAGCUUGAUCGUCUGUUCUGUGACGUUCGUUUUGCUGUCAAAGAAGUUGACUGCCUUAUAUUUACUGCUGUGUGCCAUGUUGUACAUUCUUUCUGUGGCUUGUUAAACCUCUGUCCAAACAAUCCUUAAGACUAUACUUAGUGCAGAACUUCCAGCUGUAUUCUGACUAAUUGUCUCCUGUAAUAAAACAAAGUCAGUUGAGUCAGUAAAGCAUUUCAAAUAUCAAA